AUUUUUGUCUUUUAAUGGUAGCAGAGGCAUGUGUUUGUACUCCCUAAUAAUAAUUAAAUGCAUGCAGGCCAUUGCCAACGUGUCCAUGUUUGUAAUGUACCUGCUCACAGCCAUCUUUGGAUACCUCACCUUCUUUGCAAACACAGAGGCAGAGCUGCUGCACACCUACAGUAAGGUGGACCCGCUGGACACUCUGAUCCUGUGUGUGCGACUGGCUGUACUGGUUGCUGUCACAUUGACUGUGCCUGUCGUACUCUUCCCAAUUCGUCGAGCUCUGCUGCAGUUGCUGUUCCCUGAGAAACCUUUCCACUGGGCUCGGCACAUCUUCAUCGCCGUGUGCCUCCUCUUCUUCGUCAACCUGCUUGUGAUCUUUGUGCCCAACAUCCGAGACAUCUUUGGUAUCAUUGGGGCAACCUCGGCACCAAGCCUGAUCUUCAUUCUCCCAGGCUUAUUCUAUAUACGCAUUGUUCCAAAAGAUCAAGAACCAACAUUCUCUAGACCAAAGAUCCAGGCUGCCUGUUUCACAGCUCUGGGCUUCAUCUUCAUGUCCAUGAGCUUAACCUUUAUAGCCCUGGACUGGAUCAAUGGAGAAAACCGUAGUGGAGGGGGACAUUGAUUCCCAGCCACAAACACACCAGGGUCCAACAUGCCUGCUCAGCAGAACCCCAUCCAGCUGUCCUCUCCUGCCAAACCUGGGUGGGAAUCCGAGAUAACGGCAAAAGAAAAACACAACCCUGAUAGGCUGGACCCAUCUUAUCUCUGGUGUCUUACCCUAAUGAGAGAGGGUAGAACCUGCUUCCCACCAUAUUUAAAAUUAAACCGAAACGUUCCGUGGUGGAGGAUCUUGGUGAAUAUGGUGAUGUCACAUCCCUCUGUGGCAGCUAUUUCAGAUGAAGAUCCUGCAUGCAGUCACUUGCUUUGACAAUCCCUGGAGAGAAAAGGCAGUUACAUUUCUGUUGGAAAAUUAUUACAGAUUGUACAAAAUUCCAAAGGUCGAACAGCUGUAAGAAAAAGGAGAUUCGGUAAAAGCAACUGGAUAGGUUUAUUUUAUGUUCUGUGUUCUCCUGUAUUACAAAAAUUAUACAACUUUUGUUGAUCUUGCCCAGUCUUGUCUUAAAGAUACUGUGAUAUGGAAAUGUAUCAUAAUUUCUUUUGUUUCAGUCAGAUCUAGUACACUACAAUGUAAUGAGGACACAUUUUUAUGACACAUGGUCUAAAAAUUUGUUUGGUAAUGGCUGAGGACCUGAACUAGGCAUUUGGAGUAAGUCACAAAAUGCAAGAUUUGAGUACCCAAAUUGUGCAAGAAAAAAAGACAAUUGUGGCAAAAAAUAUGAUCAAUUUUAAAGCUAAAAUCAGAUAUUUAUAAUUAUCUCUGUUUGUGUGAAAUAUAGACUAUUGCAUAAAGCUGCUAACACCUUAGGAUAACCCCUUUUAUAACAUUCAAAGUGCCAAGUAAAACAAACAACAUUGAACAAUCUUGUGCCUUAAAAUGUAUUCCUGCAUUCUGAGCUCUGGCUAUAAAUUUUGCAGAUUUCUUUUCAGAUUGCAAAAUAUUCCCAAAGCCUCAUUACUGAAACUACAGGGUCAUUGCUCUGAAACCCGUGAUUUGGGGUUUUAAACGGACUGAACAAAUUCUAAAUUGAACAAUUAGUUUUAGACAUUUCUGCACAACUUUGUUUUGUUUGUUUGUGUAUUUAAAAUCACAUUUCAUUUGCAUAACAAGUCAGAGGUACGAGAAAGUACAACUUGUUGUAGUAAUGGAAUUCAGUGUUGAACUGAUACUUCAAGUGAAUUUGUUGAGGACUGUCUCAGAAGAAGUUCAUCUGUUGUGUUUUAAGGUGUUUAUUUAUAACCUUGCUUUCCAGAAGGCUGCCACUAUCAAUAUCACCAAGACAGUGGACUAAGCUGUAAUUGGUUUACAGUGAAUGACUAAAGCUCAGUAAUGCACAGUGUAUUCAUGUUGAUAUUUCUGAGCCACAGAUAAAACCUGAAUCAAUGUCCAAAUUUUAAAAAUUGUUUUAUGAAAACAAUAAGAAAGAAA